AUGGAGAUCAGAAAGAAUUUAAAAGAGCUUGAAAACAUAAAAACAGAAAGCGAGUGAGGCUUGCUUAUUCAAAUGAGCAUCAUUACUAAUGAUAUCGAUAACAAACUCGAAGAAAUAGAAAGCAACUUAUACAUUAUAAAUAUCUUAAUAAAUGAGAUAACUGAGAUUUUGAGAUGACCAAACGGUCCCUUCAAACCCCCCUAUUUCAUAAUAAUUUUUUUCUUAACCUAUUUUUUUUGCCUAUUUUUUGUUCCUUUUUUCACAUAUUUGUUUUUGUCCACCUAUUUGUUUUUUUACCUAUCUAUUUUGGCCUAUUUUUUGUUGGUCUAUUGCUUGUUCCUAUUUUUUGGGCCUAUUUAUUUUGGUGUACUUUUUGGCUUUUUUUUGGGCUUAUUUUUUAAUACUAAAAAAUUUUUAUAAUAUAACUUCUGUCAAAACAAUAGACUAAAAUUGAUUAAAAUUCACCAUGGAAUCAUUUCCAAAGCAAAUGGACCAAAAAAGUUCAGAAAAAAAUAGGGAAAAAAUAGCCAAAAAAUAAGCAAAAAAAUAUGCUAAAAAAUAAUCAACAAAAUAGGUCAAAAAAAGAAUAGGCUUAAAAAAAAUAGGUCAUUAAAAAAUAGGCCAAAAAUAAAUAGGUCAAAGUCUUUAUGAAAAUAGUCAUCAUGUAAAGACACGAGACCAAACAAUCCAAAGUUAGAGAUGGAUUUCGGAACAACUUAUUCAGCAUAUCAGAACAAUUCUAGUGCCAAUAAUCGACUGCUAAUACAAGCUUACCAAGACUAUCAUAAUGCUUAUCAAAAAAAGACAUCUCUUUAUAAUAUCAUACGAGAACACAAGAGACCUAUUUUAAAUAUUUAUAACACUGAAACUGAAACCAAAAAAGUCAAAAUCUUGCACACUUCACAACCACUAGACCAAUGGACUUGCAUAGCUCAACUUCCGAAUGGCAAGCUAUUUUGCUUUGGUAAUGGUCGAGCUUCUGGAGUUACAGUGCUAAUUAAUAUGUAUGGUGGAGUCGAAGCGUUGCCAUCUGUAAUAAAUAAAUUGCAGUUGUUAUUUUAUUAUUUUUUGUAUCUUUUUCAACAACAGCGUCUAUUGCUUUGGAGGGGUUUCUGAUAA